UUCUACUGCUGAUAGGUUUGUUUGUUAGGUCAAUUGAUGAGAGCUGAGAGAAUUUCUUAAGACCUCUCUCUCAUCAUCUCAAAAAUAAAAACAGAUCGAUCUCCAUCCAAAUCCCUUAAUUCUCUUCUGUAAUCCACAAUGGGAAUUUUUGAUGUUUUCCUCAAUUGGCUUCGAAGCCUAUUCUUUAAGCAAGAAAUGGAGCUUUCUUUGAUCGGACUUCAGAAUGCUGGGAAAACUUCGCUUGUCAAUGUCGUUGCAACUGGUGGAUACAGCGAAGACAUGAUUCCUACGAUUGGUUUCAAUAUGAGGAAGGUCACUAAAGGAAAUGUCACAAUAAAGUUAUGGGAUCUUGGAGGUCAGCCCCGUUUCCGUAGCAUGUGGGAAAGAUACUGCCGCGCGGUUUCUGCUAUUGUAUAUGUUGUCGAUGCUGCUGAUCAUGAUAAUCUGUCCAUCUCAAGAAGCGAACUUCACGAUCUGUUGAGCAAAACCUCACUGAAUGGUAUCCCGUUGUUGGUUUUGGGUAACAAAGUUGACAAGCCUGAAGCGCUCUCUAAACAAGCUUUAACUGAUCAAAUGGAGCUGAGGUCAAUAACUGAUAGGGAAGUUUGUUGCUUUAUGAUAUCGUGCAAAAACUCUACCAACAUUGAUUCGGUCAUUGACUGGCUUGUAAAGCAUUCAAAAUCAAAGAACUGAAGAAAUUGGAAGUUUUUUGUCAGAGUCGGGGACGGCCUGUGAAGGGGGGGCUAACUGAGGCUCUAGCCCGCCCCUUGAUUCAACCCAAAUCAUUUUUAAUUAAUAGAGGGGGUUUGUACUAAAUUAGGUUUAGCCCAAUUUUACCUGUUAUUAGCCCAUGUAAUUCAUAACACCACCUUAUUUUCAGCUCAUUUGAUUUGAAUUCAACAAUCAUUUUAAGUUUGAUUUCAGCCCUCAUAGGGUAUAUCAAGUAAAAACCUUAUUUUUCCAACACUUUUGUUAAGAUAUGUAUUUUUAUAAUGUUUAUAAUUUCCUAUUUUCUCGUUA